ACGUGUACCCUUCAGAUGCCAUACAGGAAGAGGGCGUGUUUUAUUAUGACACAUUGGGGGAAUGCUGAGCAGCUACCCAACACACAUCAGUGAUAGUCCAAACUUAGAGCGCAGGUGAGUCUGUCUCCUUGGUUGAUUGAUUUUAAUUUCGUAAACGUAGAGAGGUGUAACUAGGGCGACACCGAGGGUAGCCUUGUGUUCGCGCGAUCACUUGCCGACACUUUGGCCAAGAUCCAUCAACAAGCACAAACAACUCACAAUACGGCUCACAGCUCCCGUUAAGCAUGAAGGUACAGUUUAUGAUACCUGUGGCAUUAUUCGUGUCUGUCGCUUUGUUUGGGACUAUUAAAAUGCGGCAAAAGGAGCAUGACAAGGACGACAAACGGAAAAAGUUUCUAGAAAUCAAGCUGCGGGUGACCUACGAUGUGCUGUCAGAGUAUCAGAACGAUAAGACAGAGAUGGAGGCCAAGCUGGAGAAGACCCAAACUGAGCUGAAAGCGCUGACAUUGGAAGCGACCAAUGCCCAGGCCAAAGCCGAUAAGGCGAAGGGUGAAGUGGACGUCUGCCAGGGAGGCCAGAAAUCUGCAAAAGAUGGGCUGGGAGCAGUAGAGACAGAAACAAAUAAUAUCAAAGUUGAACAUGAGAAGGAGAAGGCCAGCUGGACAACACAACUGGAAACACAGAAACAGCAACUAGCAGCACAGAGCGCAGUGUGUAACUUUUUGAAAGCAAAUGCAAAUAUAGCAAGCAAUCUGUGUAAAAAGACUGAGGCACCUAAAGCAGAGGCCCCUAAACCAGAAGCACCUAAAGCAGAAGCCCCUAAACCAGAAGCACCUAAAGCAGAGGCCCCUAAACCAGAAGCACCUAAAGCAGAGGCCCCUAAGCCAGAAGUACCUAAAGCAGAGGCCCCCAAACCAGAAGCACCUAAAGCAGAGGCCCCUAAACCAGAAGCACCUAAAGCAGAGGCCCCUAAGCCAGAAGCACCUAAAGCAGAGGCCCCUAAACCAGAAGCACCUAAAGCAGAGGCCCCUAAACCAGAAGCACCUAAAGCAGAGGCCCCUAAACCAGAAGCACCUAAAGCAGCGGCGGGCAAGAAGAGAUGAGCUCUUCCAACCUGUGUUUUUCACUCAACAUCACUUCAACUGUUUAAAAAAAAGACAUCGUUUUUUAUACUUUGCAACCAGAUACAGGUACACACAUACAGGUAGGAGCUGUAGUAGAACUACUAAGGUCACUCAUGGGAUGUUAAUGAGUGUUUCAUCUGUUAUUUGUUUUUUAUACAAGAAAAUAAAGAAUGGAGUUACAUUUUGAUGUGGGCAUAUGUUUUUGUAUGUAUGUAAAUUGGGGCAAAAUGCUUUUUUUUAAUAAAUGGAUUAUGUCAUUAUGCAAAUGUAUGCUGGCCAGGUUCAAACGGUUUACUUACA